AUGAAGAAUACCACAGAAGCUACUUCAUUUGUUCUCAAGGGACUCACAGACAACAUUGAACUUCAGAGCAUUCUCUUUUUCUUCUUCUUAGUAAUUUACCUUUUUACAGUAAUAGGAAAUAUAGGACUAAUUAUUUUAGUUGUUGGAGAUCCCCAACUUCGCAACCCAAUGUACUGUUUUCUCAGUGCAUUGUCUUUUGUAGAUGCUUGUUAUUCUUCAGAUAUCACCCCAAAUAUGUUAGUAGGUUUUAUGUCUAAAAGCAAAAUCAUUUCAUUUCAUGGUUGUGCAACACAGAUGUUUUUUGCUGUUACAUUUGGAACCACGGAAUGCUUUCUUUUGGCAGCAAUGGCAUAUGAUCGAUAUGUAGCCAUUCACAACCCACUUCUGUAUGUCGUCAGCAUGUCUCCUCGAGUCUAUGUACCACUUAUCAUUGCUUCCUAUGCUGGUGGCCUUCUACAUGCAAUUAUCCACACAGUGGCCACUUUCAGCCUGUCUUUCUGUCAGUCCAAUGAAAUCAAACACAUAUUCUGUGAUAUACCUCCUUUGCUUGCUAUUUCUUGCUCUGAUACUUAUAUAAAUGAGCUCUUGCUCUUUUUCUUUGUGAGUUUCAUAGAGCUAGUCACAAUCCUGAUCAUUCUGUUUUCCUAUGCUUUUAUCUUGUUGUCAAUUCUGAAGAAGAAAUCAGGAGAAGGGAGGAGAAAAGUCUUCUCUACAUGUGGCUCUCACCUCACUGCCGUGUCCAUUUGUUAUGGCACAAGCCUCUUCAUGUAUGUAAGACCUAGUUCCAACUAUUCCCUGGAGCAUGACAUGAUAGUGUCUAUAUUUUACACCAUUGGGGUUCCCAUGCUUAACCCCAUUAUCUACAGUCUCAGGAACAAAGAUGUAAAAGACGCGAUGAAAAGAGCCUUGAGGAAAAGACUGCAUUACAACAUUCAACUUGAAAAUAACUUCUUAUUUUACUCACCUGUUAAAUUUUUAUUUUAA